AUGUGGAAUGUAUUUAACUUUGCCAAUUUUGAUGAUAAAUUUAAAAACACAAAAAAUGAAAAAGAAAUAUACACUCACGAAGAUUUAAGAUAUUAUUUUGAAAAAUUAGUAAACAUAAAUUUAAAUAAUGUUAAUACAAAUAAUUUUACCGAACUUUUAAGAAAAAUAACACAAAUAAUAAUAUGGGGUGACAAACAUGAUGAUCAAAUUUUUCAGUACUUUUGUGAAGAUAACAUUUUUACCCAUUUUAUUUAUCUACUUCGCCAAGAUAUAAAUAAAACUAUAAGAAUUCAAGUUUACCAAUCUUUAACUUUAUUGAUUCAAAAUUUGCAAAAAGAUAUUUCUCUAUAUUACAUAUUUAGUAAUAAUAAAAUUAAUAAUCUAAUAUAUACAACUUUUAUAAAUCAAGAUGAGGAUAUCAUUCCCUACUAUAUUUCCAUGAUAAAAUCGAUAUCGUUUUUCUUAAAUUAUGAUACUUCUAAGUUUUUUUUUAACGAAAAAAAUAAAAAGUUUCCACUAUACACCGAAUCAUUGAGAUUGUACAAGUUCAAUGAUAUAAUUACAAGAACAUAUGUGAAAAAUAUUAUUUUGAAUAUUUUUAAAAUUGAAGAUGAAGGGAUAGAAAAUUUGAUUUUACUGAGAUCUUCGUUUUUCACAGUUUUAGUUUGUUAUUUGCGAACCUAUUUAAUAAAAAUAAAUAAGAUAUAUUCAAAAAUAAAAGAAUCUGAAAAAUUAAAUAAAUUAUUUAAUAGUUAUUUGGAUGAAAUAGAUGAUGUCUUAUAUUUUUUUGAAGAUAUGCUUAAUUGUAAUAAGAAAAAAAUUAAUGAUAUGUUAAUAUUAAAAUUAAUUAUUUAUUUUUAUUUUCCAAUUAUUGGGUCAUUUCAUAAUUCUAUAUAUUGUGAUUUUAUAAAUAAUGAAAAGGGUAAUGAUAAUGAUGAUAAUGAUGAGAAUAAUGAUAAUAAUGAUGAUAAUAAUGAUGAUAAUGAUGAUAAUAAUGAUGGUAAUAAUGAUGAUAUUCAAUUUUAUAAUUCAAAUAAAUAUGAUCAAAAUAUAAAACAACAAAAUGAAUCUCAGUUUAAAAUAAAUAAAAAAAAUCAAAGUUUUGACUAUUUAUAUUUUUCGAAAAAUAAUCAACAUAUUGAUACUUCGAAAAUAUUUAAUCACAAAAUUAUUGAACAAAUUGAUAAAAAUACAGAUGUAAAAAACUUACCAUCUAUUCAAAAUAAUCAACCAGAUGUGAUACUUGAUUUAUCUAAAAAUGAUGUUAGUAUUAAUAUUAAUUUGGAAAUGGAAAAAAAUGACCAAAUUGAUAUACAACAUACACAGUUUGGUGAAAUAAAAAGGGAAGUCCUUACAACUGUAGAAAUGAGUAAAAACGACGGAACGAAUGAACAUCCAAAGUUAAUGCCCCCAUCUAAUGACAUUUCUAAUGCACAAUACGAUGAGGGUAUACCCUUUUUAAAAUUCAUAGAUAGAGAAUAUGUAAUUAAAAAUAAAAAUUUCGAUUUUUUUAAAAAUUUAUCAUCAUCUAGUCUAUCAUCCACAAAUUCGAGCACAUUUUUGGAUGAUAAAAAUAAGAAAAAUUAUGAUAAUGAGGAAAAUAUUUUUAUAGAAGAUUCUAAGAAUAUAGAAUACCAAAAUAUGAAAAAAGAUAAAAUAAAUGAAGAAGGUAAUUUAACAGAUGGAAAACGGAAUAGUUUAAAAAAAAAAAAAAAAGAAAAAAAAGGAACUAGUGCUUAUGAUUUUUUAUAUUUUAAAGGAAAAAAUAAUUCUAAAAAAGACAAAAAAGAGACAGAAAAAAAACAAGAUCCAAAUCAAUAUUACACAAAUUAUAUAAAAGAAAAUGAUUUAAAAAAUUCAUAUUUUCAAAGACGAAAAAAAAAAAUAUAUUUUCAAAUGGAAUCAAGUUAUGGUGUGUUGCAUAAAAAAAAAAAUAAGACACCAAAAUCAAAAGUUGAAAAAAAUUUUGAUAAAAAUAAUGAUGGUUCCGAGAUAAAUAAAAAUGAAGAUAACGACCUAGAUCAAGACAAUUUUUCAAGUUGUUUUUCAUUUUCUUGGUGCUCUAGUGAUAUCAAUGAAUUAAAAAAAAUAUUAAAUAAUAAUAAUAAUAACAUGAUAUUAGAAAAAAAUAGUGAACAAGAUAUAUGGGAUAUGUUACAUUUAACUAUUCCAGUAUUAUCAAAAAAAAUAACUUUUGAUGAAAAUAUAAAUAAUGAUAUUUAUAAAUAUAUAUUUAAUUUUAAUUCAUAUAUAAAUAAAGUAUUAAAUUAUUAUGAUAAUAAUUUAAAUAUAGUUAAUAUAUAUUAUCAUCUUUUCAAAUUAAGUCUAUGUUUACAUCCAAUAUGUUAUACAAAUUCAUUAAAAAAUUUUACAGUGUUAUAUAAUUAUAUUAUUAAUACAAAUAUAUCAUUAUUUAUACUAAUUAGAUCAUUAAAUAUAUUAAAAAAUAAAAAAAUAAAUAAUAUUGUAUAUUCAUUAAUAUUUGGAGAAAAUAUUGAAGUAAAUUUUUUGCAUAAAAUAUUACUAAACGAAUUGAAAGAUCCGCCUUUUUAUAAUUAUUUUUUUGAUCCUUAUAAAAAAAAAACUACAAUUACACAAAUAAAAUAUAAUAAUGAUAUAGAUUAUGAAAAUGUCUAUUCAAAAUCAAUUAAUGAAUUAAUACCCGAAUAUAAUAUUGAAGAAGAAAUUAUGUUUUCAAAUUUAAUAGAACAAUAUUUUGGAAAUACAACUAUAGAAUUUUUAAAUCUUGAAAAGGAAAAAAAUAAAUCUGAAAAUAAUUCAAAUAUAAACAAUAAGACAAAACAAGUUUUAAAAAAAGAAAAUGAAAAUUUAAAUAAAUAUAACGAAUUAAGUAAUCCAAUAUUAUUAAAUUUUAUACUUUUAACAAAUAUACAAAAAGAAAAAAAUAUUAAAAAAUCUGAUCAAACUAAUAUAAAAAAUAAAAUAUCAGACAUUUAUCUAUUAUUAACUAUACAAUUUAUUUAUAAUUAUAUAGAAAAUUAUAAUUCUGAUUUAAAUAAUAUUAAUAUAUCUUUUUUUAAAAUUUCGAAAUAUAAUUUUUUAUAUCUUUUAUGGAAUGUUAUAAAUACACAUAUAAAUAAUUUAUAUUUAAGAAUUAUUACAUUAAAACUGUUAACUAAUUUAACUUUUAUUUAUAUUGGAAAAAUAACAGACAAUUCUGUUUGCAUUCAUUUCUCUCUUCCUCUUUUAAAAUUAAUAAAUAAAAUUAAGAAAAAGCUAGCAAAUAAAGUUAAAACCCUCAUUGGAAAAAUGGAAUACAAAGCAUGUCAAAUAUUUUGGGAGGAGUGUAAAAUUUAUGAAAACUGUUUUCAAGAAAAAAUAAAUAUUUCGAAAGAUUCCAUACUGAUCAACAUUAUAAGUGGCGUAAAUAACAAUGAUGAUAAUUAUUUACUCUACCCAGUUUCUCAAAUCGAAAUAUACCGAAGAAAUGUUCAUGCCCUGUUUGUUCUGGAUGGGUUAUCCAAAAAAUUGAACAAAAUUGUCUCAAGCUCAGAAAGUGAAGAAACUAUUACCAUGCCAUUCGAUUUUAGCUAUAACAUUAUAACGGCUUUAAUUGAUAUAAAAAACAAAAAUAUGAUUAAAUGCUACUUGAAAAAUAAUAAUAAAAUUUUCAAUUGCUAUUAUAUUGAAGAUGAUACAAACUUCUUGUUAUGUAUCCCUUCAAACAAUCAUGCAAAUCAUGGACUAAUAAUAUUUAGCUAUCCUCUAAUGUUAAUUGAUUUAUAUAUUGAUAAAAAUGACAAUAAAAAAUUAAUAUUUUAUGUCUAUAGUUAUAAUAAUGAAGAAAAUAAUAAUAUUGAAGAUUCAAAUUUUACUAAUUUUAAUAAUUCGGAAAAAAUAUUUAAUGAUACUCCUCUUGAAAAUAAUUAUCAAAAUCAUACUCGAAGUUACAGUUCAAACAAUGAUGAUAAUUUAAUAGAUUGCAAUGUCAAGACUUAUAAAAAUGAUUAUAUUUUAAACGAAUAUACUUCAUCUUAUAAAAAAAAUAAAACAAUAACCAAUGUUAAAAAAGAAUGGUGUUAUAAAGAAUUAACUUUUAUGAAAAAUGUUUUGAAAUUAAAUUUCCAUGACAGUACAAGAUCUCUAAUUGUAUAUAAAGAACUAAAAUCGGGGAUACAAAAAAUAAAUGAUAUAUACAAGGAAAAGUUAUUAAGUUAUCUUAGUAAAUAUUAA